UAGGCCCAACCCUGCACCCCUAAAGGCACCCUGACCAUGAAUCUGGACCCAGGGAAACUGCCGCCCACCCGCGUCGUCGGGGGGCCGGCCACACCCCGCAAGGGGCCACCCAAGUUCAAGCAGAGGCAGACCCGUCAGUUCAAGAGCAAGCCCCCAAGGAAGGGCAUCCAGGGCUUUGGUGAUGAUAUCCCUGGAAUGGAGGGAUUAGGCACUGACAUCACUGUCAUUUGCCCAUGGGAAGCCUUCAACCACUUGGAGCUCGACGAGCUGGCCAAGUACGGUAUCAUCUAAAUCCAGCCGGACUCCAACUCCCAGCAUGCUCUCCUCAUGCUUCAAACCACCUGCCUCCGUCCUGGCCAUGGGCUCCAACCCAACCGGAACACUCUCAUCAUACAGCUAUCUAUAUAUACAAAUAUAUAUCUAUAUCAAAACGUAACGUUUAUAAAAAUAGAAAAAUCCAAAG